AUGGUAGCACAAAAGUCGCAAGGUAUUCAGACGCUGCUGGAGGCAGAGAAGGAGGCCUCCAAGAUCGUCGAGAAGGCUCGUGCUUACCGCACGCAGAAGCUGAAGGAGGCGCAGUCGGAGGCGGAGAAGGAGAUCGCCGAGAUUAAGGCCAAGAAGGAGAAGGAACUGAACGAUUUCCAAAAGAAGUACGAAGGCACGCAAUCGAGCGCGCAAGACAAGAUCGAUCGCGAGACGAAGGAGCGCCUCGCGGAUAUCGAGAAGGCGUUCACGGCCAAGCGCGAUGAACUUGUGAAGAAGCUCCUGAGCCGUGUCUCGGAGGUCGACCCGAAGCCGCACAGGAACCUGCACAAGAUCGAGGCGUAA